AUGUAUAAUUUAGCUGUUGUAAGAGGAAAAGCUUCUCAUUGUGUUGCAUAUGCACCAGAAAGAAAUGGAGAUCCUGGUAAUCUUAUUGUGUUGUUAGGUGUGACAGAUUGGAAUUUGUUAGGAAAAUCAUCUCAAAUUCGCACAGUAAAAGAAAUUCGAGUCAGCCAAAAGUUUGAUUACGGCAUCCAUAGUGAUGUUGCAUUGGUGCGGUUAUCUUCUGAAGUGGUUAUGUCUGGGGAUAUUCAACCAAUAUGUUUGCCAAGUGAUAAAACACAUCGCCAUUUAUUUCGCGCAAAGAAAAAAGUGGUAUCAAUUGGUUGGCAACACGAAAGAAUUCAGAAAAAAACUGAUCGAUGUCUUGAAAUAGAACCCAAAACAACAUGUAAGCAACAUUACGAUAAAUUGCAUAUAGACUUACACACAAACAGGUAUAAAACAAGCGAUGGUCGUGAAAAACUUAUGCCUGCAGAUCUUAUUUGCGUUAAAGAGUUGCCUCAAGGAAAUAGUGACUUAUGCAAAAUUAUGCCAGGCAGCGGUCUUGUAGCAUACCAUGAAGAAUCUAAGAAAUGGUACCUGGGUGGGAUUUUAACUUGGAGCAGCGAUAAACUGCACGACUGUAGAGAAACGAUGACAACGUUUAGCAUCUACUCUCAAAUUCAUCGUUAUGUUCUAUGGAUUCAAUCACGAACCAAACUCAAUUUAAAUUACCCUGAUACAGAUUAUGUUCCACAGGAAAUUAAAAGUUGA